AACACGCCUGUCUGUGCAUCUGCACCUGUUGUGAGACACUUCGACACAUUGGGGGCGCCCAACACACCGCCGCCACCACCACCACCAUCAUCAUCAUCAAAGCAAUCAGAGUCGGGAGUGAAAGAGUUUGAAUGUGUCGAGGUGAAUGACAGCGUCCACCAGACACAAAACACAUGUAGGGUGGUUGGGCGAACUCCCAUGCACCCUCGAGGACCCUGCUGGAGCUGUAGAGCUGGUCUACAAUUUCACGACCGGGAGGAAAGCCGCACCGCUCCUCCUGACUCUUGAGAGCCGACUUCCCACCGAAUAGAACUUACCGGGGAGGUUGAGGACUGUGAUCCCCCGAGAGAUGGAACACAUCCUCCGGUGCCCCUUUUUAAAAGGGGGACUGCCAUCCCAAUUUGCCGAUCCAGAGGCGUGUCAACCAGGACUUUAGGAACUCCGGGCGGCUCUCGUCCACCCCUGGGGCCCUGCCACCGGGUAACUUUUUAACUACCUCGGUGACCUCAACCCAAGAGGGACAAGAGCCCACUUCAGAGUCCCCAGACACUACUUCCUCAUGCGGAGGCGUGUCGGUGGAAUUGAAGAAAUUGAAGUGAUUUUGACUUCUCAUCACACAGACGUUUCCUCAUGAAGAAAAAGCACAGCACGUAGGGUUAAUCCUGUGAAGCUCGCUGAACUGAACUCUCGUCGGGAAUGGGACGUCCCGUUCGCUUUGAGGCUUUGUUGACGUGGAACUCGUUUGAUGUUUGCGUCAAAGCGUUGUGACGUCAUCAUUGGAGAGGCGGGACUCAGCGGCUGUCAAUAACAAGAAAGGAAAGGAGGAAGAUGCCGUUCCAUCACGUGCGUGCGGGCCUCCUCUAUCCCGACAACUACCUGAGUGGCUCGCUAGCUGAAGGCACAGAAACUUUCAAGCUCACCAGCAUCUCCACCGAAGAGCUCGGAGAGAUCCGCGAGGCCUUUCGUGUGUUGGACCGCGACGGGAACGGUUUCAUCUCCAAGCAGGAGCUGGGAAUGGCCAUGCGCUCACUGGGGUACAUGCCCAGCGAGGUGGAGCUGGCCAUCAUCAUGCAGAGGCUGGACAUGGACGGAGAUGGGCAGGUAGACUUUGAGGAGUUCAUGACGAUACUUGGGCCAAAGCUGCUGUCAUCUGAAAACAGAGAAGGUUUCCUCGGCAACACCAUUGACAACAUCUUCUGGCAGUUUGACAUGCAGCAGCCGUCUCUGGAUGAGCUGAAGCAGGUUUUGUUCCACGCCUUCCGCGAGCACCUGAGCAUGAAGGACAUCGAGAACAUCAUCAUCACGGAGGAGGAGAGCCUCAACGAGACCUCGGGAAGCUGUCCUGAGUACGAGGGAGUGCAUCCCAAGAAGAAGAACCGGCAGACGUGCGUGCGGAAAAGUCUCAUCUGCGCCUUCGCCAUGGCCUUCAUCAUCAGCGUCAUGCUCAUCGCGGCCAAUCAGAUGCUGCGAAAUGGCAUGGAGUAAAAACAUGGCAACGUAGCCGCCGGGAGUAGAUGUCGGCGGGACCCCCGCGGGACCCGGACGCACCCGUGGAAAGACCCGGAUGGAUCCCAGCACAUCAGUGAAUUAACUUUUUCUUUCUUUGAGCUCAGGAGCAGUACGAUGUCUGAGGACUCACGUGUUUGUGUUGCUUUCAAGAUGUCACAAUUCUACACAAACUGGACAAUUAUUAGCUUUUCAUAAACAAACCAAAAUUGGGAUACUUUGAUUUGGAUGUUUUCCAGACAGAGACCACCCUUUAAACUUUAUUUUAUAUUUACUGCUUAAAAAAAAAAAAAAACUUCAACAGGUGCUUGGAGCCAUUCCUCAUCUCAGUUCUUCUUCUUCGCAAACACCCAUGAACCUCUCGUCAUCACAUGUUGACACAUUGAAAUGUUCCUCCUAUCUGACAUGUUGACAUGUUCAUGCCAUGUUUUCGUGUUCUCCAAGCGUGUGCAAGCACCGUGCUCGCGCACACUUUACAGAUGGGUGCACAACCAGCCUGAGCGUCAUGUGAACAUCGUGUGUGUGUGUAUAGGCAGUGUCUGCGUCAGGUGGGCGCUCAAGGCUACUUUUGUCUUCGUUUUCUUUUUCUACGACCCACAUCGCGUCAUUUGUUUCCGUAGUGCCCCUAGUGGUUGGGUGAGACACCUCGUCCGUCUGUAUGCUGGAUGGCCUUGCGGCAAAUCGCUGUACUCUUUGAAGCCUUUCGAACUGGUUAGUUUAGCUUGCUAGCCACUAACAACGAUAGCAAAGCACUCUCAGAAUCAGAAUCAUCAUUAUUUGCCAAAGUAUGUCCCAAAAACACAAGGAAUUUGUCUCCGGUAAUUGGAGCUGCUCUAGUACGACAACAGAGAACACUUUGGAGACAUAAAGACAUUGAGAAAAACAGUCACUGAGCAAUAAAGGGUUACUAGUUAUCUGGUAAUCCGGUACAAAUUAUAUAUUUUUUUUUUGACAAAUGUGCAAAAAGGUCACUGAUGGUGUAGUGGUACACCGUGGGUUCAGUUCCCACUCAGUGACCGUGUGAAUGUGAGUGCGAAUGGUCGUCCGUGUCUAUAUGUGCCCUGCGACUGACUGGCGACCAGUUCAGGGUAUAUUCUGCCUUUCGCCUGAAGUCAACUGGGAUAGGCUCCAGCGUCCCGCGACCCUAACCAGGAUAAGCGGUGUUGAAAAUGGAUGGAUGGAUGUGCAAAAAGAUGCAGAGUCCUCUAGCACUUAGAGCAGUUCGGAUGACUAAUCUCGCAAUAGUCCGGUGCAAUGGGGAAACUCAGGCGAUCGAGAGGAGAACCUGCGAUAAUGUCAACUACUAGAUGCUGUUUCAGGCUCAACUUAGUGUUACAAAGAGCAGGUUUGUUCAUUUAUUAACACUAUUCCUAAAACAAUUCCCUCAUGAACCUCACAGUGCUUCAUCUAGCCAUUCCUAUUCAACUGUUUAGAACGGCAGUGGAGACAUUUUCCCCCGUCAGUAUUCUCACACCAAAUAAACAUUUCUUGGAGAAAAAAAUGGCACAACAAUAAAAUCAUUGGUGAAAUAAUAUAAGUUGCUGUUUCCCCCUUUGUUUUAUUGCAAAGCAAUACAGCAAAGUCAAUUAAUUUAUAUAAUUCAUUACAUACAUAAGGUAACUCAAUGUGCUUUACAUGAGUAAAAGCAUUUAAAACAAAGAUAAAAGCAUCUUAUUUAAAACAAAGAUGAAAAAUAAAAGUACAAUUAAAACACCAUACAGUGCAAGAAAUAUCAUUUACAAGUGGAAACACAUUAAAAAGAAUUUGGGGUGGUGGUAUCCUGGAUUUAAAAACAUUCCCACUUGCGGCUGACAUCACUUCUGUUGGCAACUUAUUCCAUUUGUGUGCAGCAUAACAGCUAAAUGCUUCUUCGCCAUGUUUGCUUUGGACUCUGUGCUCCACUAUUUGACCAGAGAAUUAGAAUUGAAGUAAUAUGGUCUGACCUCUUUGUUUUGGUCAGAACCCGAGCUGCAGCAUUCUGAAUGAACUGCAGUUGUUUAACGCUGUUUUGGGGGAGUCCAGUCAGAAGACUGCGAGUCAAGUCUACUUGUGAUAAAAGCAUGGAUGAGUUUGUCCUGGUCUGCUUGGCACAUGCAAGCCUUCACUCUGGAUAUGUUCUUCAGCUGGUGGAAGGCAGUUUUAGUAAUUGAUUUGAUAUGACACGUCAACUUUUAUCGAACAGAUUCAAUAGUUCAUUAGAAAACAUACAGUACAGUACACAAGACACACAAAAGGAAAGUAUGGCAGGAAAAUCUUGAAUGACCAUAUUCAGUUUUGACCUGAUUUCCUUACAAUAAUAGUAUCCGGGUAUUUCACUGUCAAACCGGAUGAAUUUUUGGCUAAAAGGUUACUGAAUCAUUACAGAUGGUAUCGAUCUAAAUGAACCAAUAUUGUCCUUGAAUCGAAUCGGUAACCGUGAAUCGUUGCUACGACGAAUCAUAACACCACCUAUAUACACACACACAGCAUAGGGAUGAUAGCUCCCUACCCUAGCAAGAACCCUAUUGACUUUGAAUGGGCAUACAAUUGUGCCAAAGCUCAAAUUGUUAGUGCUCUACCACACACAUUCGACAUUAGCUGUCAACGUAUGCAAGAACAGUGUUGAUUUUGCAUAUCAUCCGAAACAAGCUCAGCUUCAACUUGGGUCAUAACAUUCAAGAAUGAAUGUCGAUGGUUGAUUUUGAGGAUUGUUGGUAACUCAUGAUCUUAAAGGAAGGUUAGUAUUUAAUCUUUGUCAAAUGUUGAAAUUAUCAACAACGUAUCCUGGCAGAGCAUGCGUGUCGUCUUUGAGUCAUCAGGGAAAAUAUGCAAAUUCUAAGUCGUGAUGGUGGUUGUCCAAUCACCUGCAUGCCGACGGUGCACCUUUUGCAUCACGUGACCGCACGGCAUGGCAUCCGAGGAUACUGAAAAGAGCAAUAUUUAGCUUCUAUCUAUAUCUUAGCUACUUAACACCUUUAUGCAAUAAAGCCUUGUUUUGAUGAAACGUGUGCUUCCUUCUAUUCUC